CUACGUUUCUUUUCGGUGUAAAACCUGGCUCCUCGAGUUGGGAAAGAUGGUCUGCCGUCGAAGCCGAGCUCGCCCCGAAUCUGAAAGCGUCCUACUGCUAAAUGACAUCUCAUUGGGAAGACCACAUCACCCUGUGAUUAGAAAAAUGAAAGAAGACCGCGAUACUCUAACUUCAUUCGCAAGUGAUCGCGGCUCACUAACCGAUUGACCUGUUCACCCAUAUCGUGAUUUAAAAAUAGAGUCAUUGGCGAUUUACUAGCUACCUUAGGUACUCUUUAUCCUUGCCUCAACGUUGCCGCUAGGCCAAAUUCAAGGAUGCAAAGAGACAGGGUAAUGGAUUCUAUGAUGGAACUGUUAAAUCCGACUUCUCCUACUAUUGCUAUCCUUGGCGCUGGUAUAGGUGGUUUAGCCCUUGCUAUUGGACUGAUAAAGCGCAACGUUCCAGUUACCAUUUAUGAAGCUGCGGACGGCUUCUCAAUGGUAGGCGCUGGAAUCGGCUUGGGACCAAACUCCUUGAAUGCCAUGGAUGUCAUUGAUCCGCGUUUCCGAGAGAGAUAUGAAAAGGUGAAAACGCGAAACGAGAAGCCGGAGUUCGAGCAUAGCGUCUUUGAUGCGUUGUACGCCGAGGAAGGCUUCGGCGAAAAGCGGGGGUGGACCCGAGGCCUCAUCGGCGCCCCUUACUUCACGCGAAGUAGUGCCCACCGCCGAGACUUGUUGGAUAUCAUGGCAAGCUUCAUCCCUCAAGGGAUCGUCAAGUUCGGGAAGCGAGCAUACUCGGUUGAGCAACUGGACGGUAAAGUCUUCAUAAGAUUUCAGGAUGGCACAGUAGAAGCAGUAGACGCAGUUGUGGGCUGCGACGGAGUGAAAGGGAUUACACGCCGAACCGUUUUGGGUGGCCUUGCGCCCGGAGAAGUCCAACCGACGUUCUGCGGUAUGUACAUCUAUAGGGGCAUCAUACCAAUGCAAGAGGCAAAGAAAAUCUUGGGAAACCACGCCGGCGAUGCCAAGUUUUUCAUGGCUAAAAGGAAAGCUAUGGCCGUCUAUCCUAUUUCGCAGGGCAGAGAAGAAAACUUUGUAUUCUUCGUCUCAAAGCCCUGCCCUUGGACUUUUGGGGAUAACGCGGUACCUUGUACGAAGGAAGAGAUGCUAGAAGACCUAGAGGGGUUUGACCAUAGACUACUAAAACUCCUAGACUACGCUAGACCUCUGAGGUGGCCGACGUGGCAUCACCCCCAGACAUCAACAUUCUACAAAGAGCGGGUGUGCUUAUUAGGUGACGUUGCGCAUGCUUGCAGUCCUCACCAGGCUGCUGGAGCCGGGCAGGGAUUAGAGGAUGCUGCCGUCCUCUCGCAUCUACUUGCUCUGGUUAAGACUUCCGAUGAGAUCGAGGUCGCAUUUCAGAUAUAUGACGCGAUUAGACGGCCGAGGGCGCAGAAAGUGGUUCAAACGAGCGCCGAAGCCGGGCAGAUUUACACAUGGCAGGCUCCAACGAUCGAGGACGAUAUGCAUAAGAUUGUUGAAAAUGCGAACCAGAGGCUGCAUUGGAUUUGGCAGCAUGAUCUCGAAGCAGAUAUCAAAAAGGCUGAAUAUGACUUCCACAGGUUGGUACGGGAACGGUCAGGCUUAUUACAGAAUGGCGGCCCAGCUAAGAGCGUAUCAAUUAUGAGGCAUGCGGGCUUAGGCGCUUCUGACACCAUUCAGUGUACGUAACUGUCGUCUCAGAUACCUAGCUAUAGAUCUAUCAGAUAUCAAACUGCGUUCCCUAGAUCGUGCUGUGCCGCAUCUAUGUAUGCUCGCGUGUGCGUAGCGGCACGGC